CUUUUUCAGUAUCAUCAUGGCAACGAAUCCCAAUUAUACCCCAAUGACCACUCGACGUGCUCAAAAUAUCUCGGAAGCAAAAUUACGAAGAUUGUUAGAAUAUAACCAACGUUUACGUGAACAACUAGAUGUUUCUCGUAUUACUGUAUCUGAGGCAUCUACUGGCUUAAUUGAAUUUUGUAAAACAACAAAAGAUCCAAUGUUACCUUCUGUAUGGGGUCCCAUUGAUAAGAAAGAAGAUCCUUUUGCUCCUGCUAAUGGUGGUGGUUGUUGUACAGUCAUGUAACCUCCCUUUGUUUUUCUUUUUCUUUAAUAUUAUAUAUUCACUUUUUUAUGAUAUCAUAUUCUUAAUAUUGUGCACAUUUUAUCCUUCUUAUUCCUUAUUAUUCUAUUUCUCCAUUUCAUGAUAUCUUCCUACUAGUUUCCCCAUAUCUCCUCCUCCAGUUGACAAUAUCAUUCUUCUCCUUGUUGUACUUCUUUUUUUUUUUAUUUUAUUCCUAUUUCCCAACCUUUUUUUUUUUUUUUUGUAGUAUACUUUAUCGAAAAUAAAACAAAGGAUGAUGACA